AUGGUCGAGAGAAUCACAGCUGAUAGGCUUGAGACUGUGGAGGUAGUAGAGUGGGCUUCGAGAAUAACUCUGGACCUGAUCGGUGUAGCUGGUCUAGGUCGGGACUUUGGAGCCAUACAAGAUGCGAAGAGCGAGAUGGUGGAGACAUAUAAUAUCGUGUUUCAACCAUCAGCUCAAGCACGUAUGCUGCACCUUAUCGAAAGUCUGGUUCCAGCUUGGGUUCUUACAGCUUUACCUAUUAAGUUUAACUCAGACAUGAGCCAGGCAGCCCGAUCAAUACGCGAGACGUGUAGAGAUAUAAUCUCUUCGAAGCAGAAGAAGUUGAAGGAGAAGAAAUUAGAUGAUAUGGAUAUCAUCUCUGCGGCAAUACGGACUGGGACGUUCACCGAGGAUGGACUCAUUGAUCAAGCCAUGACGUUGCUUGCGGCUGGACAUGACACCACAGGAGCAGCGUUUACAUGGGGCAUCUACCUCCUCGCCAAACACCCGGAAGUCCAAGACCGACUGCGCCACGAAAUCCGCCAAUGUCUCCCUCCCCUAACCCAAGCGAAAGAAUCCCCCAUAUCAAGCGUCAACAUCGACUCAAUGCCCUAUCUCCAAGCUGUCUGCAGCGAAAUCCUCCGCUUCUACGCCCCCGUCCCGCAAACUCUCCGCGAAGCAGCCUACAACACAACCAUCCUCGAUCAAUCCAUCCCCAAAGGCACACGCAUCGUCAUAGCACCAUGGGCUACAAACCGCAGCUCUAAACUGUGGGGUAACGAUGCACAUUUAUUCAGGCCAGAUCGAUGGUUGGGUGAGAGUGCGCAUGGAGGUGCGGAGAGGUCCGAGGGCGUGUAUUGGACAGGGGUUUGCGAGGGCUGA